AUGGCCUCCGCAUACAAGAGUCUCUCCGCUAAACCCAAAUCAAAUGGACAGACUCGCGACGCCAAAUCCGACACGGAGAAGCCGAAAAAUAGGCAAAGAGUGCUGAUCUUGAGCUCACGAGGCGUGACAUUCCGCCACCGCCACCUCCUCUCCGACCUCCACUCCCUCCUCCCCCACAGCCGCAAAGACGCCAAACUCGACACAAAAACCAAACUCACCCAACUCAAUGAGCUCGCCGACCUGUACAACUGCAACAACAUCCUCUUCUUCGAGGCGCGCAAGGGCAAAGACCUCUACCUCUGGCUCUCCAAGCCCCCCAACGGCCCGACGGUCAAACUACACUGCCAGAAUGUGCACACAAUGGAGGAGCUGAACUUCACGGGGAAUUGCCUCAAGGGCUCGCGGCCGGUGCUGAGUUUCGACGCGGCCUUCGAUGGCGCGCCGCAUCUGCGCGUGCUAAGGGAGUUGUUGACGCAGUGCUUUGGCGUGCCGCAGGGUUCGAGGGGGGUGAAGCCGUUUGUGGACCAUGUGGUGGGCUUCACCGUCGCAGAUGGCAAAGUGUGGAUACGCUGCUACCAGAUUGCGGAAACGGAGGCCGGCAAGGUGGUGCGGAAUGCAGACAGUCCGGCGGAGAUUGUGGAGGCUGCGUCGGCGCACCGAGGGGAGACGAGUGUGUCGCUCAUCGAGAUUGGGCCGCGGCUGGUGCUUACGCCGAUUGUCAUUCUCGAGGGCAGUUUUGGCGGGCCGGUGAUUUAUGAGAACAAGGAGUUUGUCAGUCCAAAUCAGAUCCGGUCGGACUUGAGACGCAAGAAGGCUGGCAAGUACAAUAGGAGGGCAGAGGGGAUUUUGGACAGGAAGGUGAAGAAGAGAGACUUGGGCUUGAGGACGGGCGAGGGGACCAGAGAGGUGGAUGAGCUGGACGACAGGGUGCUCUUUGCAUGA